UAACAAUUAGCAUAAUGUGAACUUGGAGGUUUAGGGGUGUGUGGACACAAAGGACACCUUUUCUUAAUGUCAGAUUAACCCAAUCAGUAAAUAUAAUUACAUCUGGUUUUGCUAUAACAAUAUUUGUACAUUUUUCUUUUGGUGACCAAGUAUUGUGAAAUAUUUUUAAUUUUUAUAAGAUGAUUUACAGCAGUUGUACUUUUCUGAAUCUAAUGAGAUUUCUGUGAGGCAGUGCAAUUCUUUUACCAGGAUUAGACUGCUGUUGUGGUCUUGUUGUGUAAAUGUUCUCCAUCUGGACAUAGUAAUCUCUAGAAACAUAGGAAGGUGCUUUACAUCAAUACCCUUCUGAGGUAUUUGUGCCACAGCUCCCAUCUUUACCAACAAUCUUGGGAAACGGGAGGUAUGAUUGAUUUGAUUUUUGGUUUUCUUCCAAAUUCUGUUUUUUCUUUCUUCAUCUGUCUUUAAAGCUGUGCUCUGUUUGCCCAUGUCUGCUUUGGGUGUGAUUGCAACCUGAAUUAGGAAAUGUUAAAAAUCCAUCAGUGAUCCUCCAUACUACUAUUUUUUUUAAUUCAACUGCUUUAAAAAUACAUUUCUUGGAAAUACGGCAUACAAACUACAUUCCUUCCUAAUCAGCUGGACAGAAUUUUUAGUCAAAGAGUUUACAGAAUGUAGGGACUGUUUUACUUUUAACAUAGUUGAGCAUAUUCAGUUCUUUUCUGAACAUGUUUGUUUUUCUACUUUCUGGAACCAGACAUUAACAAAUCAUUAUCUUUAUAGAUAAGUGCAGGUUUUGUAAAAUGUACACAGAAUCCAGCAAGUACCUAAUGGAAAUGUAAGUAAGUUGAUUUACCAAAUGUUCAUUGAUUCAACUGAUCUGUUCUAGUUGGAACUAAAGAUUGUGCUUCCUCCAAGGAGAUGGAGCUCAGAAUCUAAACCUCUUGGAUGAUUGUGUUUGAAUGGACCCCAAAGACCAUCCAGUAUAUCUCAGUCAAGAAAUAUGUGAUCCCUCUGCAGUGCAGCUGUCCCAUAGAUUUUGAAUUUUGUGUUGAGUAUCUUCAGCCUCACAAGGCGUUUACAAUCCAUCCGACAUCUGGAAUCAUUCCAGGCAAUGGAAAAGUGGAAGUGGUUGUUACAUUCAAACCAUUUGAAUAUGGAACAGCCCAGAUGAAAUUGCAGUUGUGGAUUUCGCAGUUCAACUCAAAGCCUUAUGUGUGUUCAUUCACAGGGACAUCAACUCCACAGCCCAGUUUAACAAAGAAAGACUUUGAGAAGCAAGAAAAAAUAUUUCAGAAAACAAUAAAAAGUCCUGAAAAGGAAGUGUCACACUCCAUGCAGAGGACAGUAUCGCCAAAACGUGUGCAGCUCAGUUCCUUCCACAAAGUGCAGCCCAUCAAAUAUAAAGAUUUGCACUUCCCAGUUGACUUGUCAAAUCACUCUGCUGUGGCCACUGUUUUGAUCCAGGAGCCAGGCAAACUAAAGAUAAAGCGCUUAAGAGAAGUUCUAGGAGGACAAGGUGAUGUAGCAGCUCAAACAAGGCAGGUGAAAGAAGCUGUUUUUGAACUGAAAGUCAAACAGGAUAUGCAAGAGGAGUUAACAAAUCAGCUGAAAUGGCAAGUUCAUUUAGGCGAAGAUCCAGUGUGUCCAAUGUUUCAAAAGCAAGUUCUUGAGGACCGAAAGAGGGAGGAAGAAGUGUACAAGAUGAAAAGAGGAGAUCCCAUUCUGGAGAAGGAGUUUCAAAGGAAGAAUGUUGGAAUUUCCCUCAAACGUAUCAUCCGAAACAGCUCUGAGUGCCCCAAAUUCCAGCCAACAUUUGAUCUCCUGCUGAACAACCCUUGGCAACACAGGCACUGGACUCUGCGGCGAUUCCAGCAAGCUGCCCGAAAGAUCCUGCUUCAGUGCCGGCUCAAUCGUGUGAUAAAGAGGCUACAUGGAGUAUUUAAGGCUAUUAAAGUGAAAGAGAUGGAGGAGGCAUUGCUAUCAGGAAAAACUCCUGAAGAACGCAGUGCCUUCAAAGCAGGCAACAUAGCAAGCAUAAACGAGGAGAAGAGAAUGUCUCUUGCUCUGACUGCCCGUCACAUACUGCCUUCCGAAUCCCCCACUUACAACCCUCCUCAGUGGGCAGAUGAUCUGGCACCAGAGUUACUUGGUAUUGUUCCCCUGAAGUCUCCAAAAGUUAAGCUCAAACAGCUUCACCACUUCUAUGACCUAAAGGUCCCUCAGCAUUUCAGCCUCAUGGGAUAUCAACCGUUCUGCAUACACCAGGCAGCAACCAGUUACAGUGUUCCAAAAUAUUCCCAAACCCUGAGGAUAGGUGCAGAGGAAGAGCUAAUCCCAGUAAUACCUGCUUCAGAGGGGGAGCUCCAGCUGGAGGCAGCAGAAGAGGAUGAACUUGACACCUCUCUGCUAAACCUUAAAGCUCCUGAAGCUUUGCUGCAUCCUCCAGAUGAUCACCCACUUCAGGUUUUUAAUCCUUGCCCGGGACUGCAUGAAUUCAAGUCACCAUUGCCUUAUGCAGAAAGCAGCAUUGAGUAUCAUAUUUGCCCCAUUCCAAAAUAUGCACUUACAAGGAAAUACCCACUAAAAUGUAGUAUUCCGAUUACUCAAAAAAAAUUUCUCGAUCACAAGGAAGUUAUUUGUGGUGUCACUAACUGGAAGAAGUUCCCCUCAGUGAUCAAUUCAACUUUACCUCAUGUGCCAGCUCUGAAUGGCAUACCAAUUCCAUUCUGCACUGAUCCUUAUAAUGAAGAGAUGAUUCCAAAAGAUGUGCCUCCAAUUCUGGAUGGUUUACCAGAGCAAGACAAAGAGAAUGUGAUUGAUGAAGCAAAAGAAGGUGAGGCUACAGUCUUACUUACUCCAGAGAUGGUUAAAGCUGAAUUUCCACAAAUUGAUGGGCUAUUAGAUAUACUAAAAGAAGGAAGUGAUACAAAUGGAGAUCUUAAAGAUCCUUCUUGCAUGUCUCUGAACCCAAUGCCUGUUUCCAGAGAUGCAAGGGACAUUGUGGACUGGUAUGUUCAAGCCCAGAGCAACGUAUUUGGACAAAGGGUUGAAGAAAAUAUGGAGAAACUCAAAGAAAAGACCAUCCAGAAGAGCCUAAUCCUAAACUAAAUGUUAUCUAUAUAUCAUGGGGACAUUGUUUUACUUGAACCUUUUCACGAAUCAGCCAAAGCUGCUGCUGCAUUUUUAUAUAUUCAAAGGAUUCUGGUGGAAAUGCAAGGUGUUAGCUAUUAUAAUUUCAUGUAAGCUCUCUCAGUAUUGCAAAAUAGAUGUUACAUGAAUUAUAACACAUGUCUGUGUUUCCCCUCACUAGCUGUGCAUUUUGUAUUUAAGGAAAGAUAUUAUGGGUAAGCAAUCCUCUCUCCCAUGAGCCAGCUCCAUCCAUUAAUUACAUCAAAGCUGAGUGAAAAAUUCUGAGCAAGAAAUAUCAUUGGUUGAGGUCUCUCUUGCCUCCCAGAUGUUUGUUAUUUUACAGAAAUGAUGUCUGAUAAAAGCCUAUGUAUAUAUUUCUCUGCAUUCAAAUUUAGUCCAAUCCCUUUCUAUCCAUGCACACAAAGAGAUUAUUUUCAUAAGACUUUACAUACAAUGUUUUAAUGUAUUGCUUUCCAAUAAAAUGUGGACAACUAGUA